AUGGGCAUGCACGGACACCUCUCCUUUCUUCUCCUCCUCCUCCUCGGUCUCCAUGCCCCAGGGACUUUCAUCAGAGCAACAGUCCUGCUUGACACGCCACGUGUGGUAACCCUGAGUGAGGACUCGGUGCCAGGCACCCUUGUGGCCAAGGUGACUGUGUCCUGCAGCAAUGCAAGUGGCAGCCCCAAUGUCACCCUGCACAGUAUGGAGCCCGGACACCCCUUCAACCCCAUUGCCAUCAGCGCUAUGUCUGCCACCACGUUUCAGACAGAGGUGACACUACGUGCGGGUGCAGAGCUUGAUGCCUACCAGGCAAAUCAGUACACCCUGACCUUGUGGGCUGCCUGUCCUGGUGAGGAGGAAGUGGAAGAGCAGUUAUUUGUCCAGGUGAAACCAGGGCAGGCGCUGCACUGUGACACCCCCUUCGCCAGCAUGGAGGGAGCUGUGGUACAGGUGUCAGCAGAUGUGGCACCCCGGACCCCCCUGUACCGCGUGCUGCCAGGGUCACUUGGCGAGCUGACAUUCAGGCUCCAAAACCAUGAUACGCCACUUACACUUACCCGCUGGGGCCUGGUACUGGUACCUGACAACGGCUUUGGCCCCAUCAAGAGAACCCAGAGGUUCAAGCUGGGGAUCGAGGUGACGGAUCAUCACAGUCAUAACUGCAGCGGGGCUGUGUGGGUGGAAGUGCUGCCAUCGCGCUGUCCCAAUGUCACUUUCCUUGAGCCACAGCAGAAUGUGUAUGUGUCAGAGGGCACCAGCCCCUUGGAGGUCAUCACACAGGUCCAGGCCACAGGUGAAAAUGUCCGCUAUGCCAUCCUCACUCCUGUGUCACCUGCACUCUUCACCAUUGAUGAGAGGACAGGUAAGAUCCGCAACAUCCGCCAGUUGGAGGUGGCCAACGCACAGCUCCGUGUCCAGGCUUUCAGUGUCCAGUGCCCUGAUAACUAUGCCACUGCCAUCGUCAAUGUCAUUGUGAAUAGCACCAACUGGCAGGCACCCAGCUGUGUCCCUGCUAUCUCUGUGUCCCAGGUGCCCGAGACAGUGUCCCCUGGAAGCACCCUGGAGACACUGAUGUGUACUGACCCCAUUGGUGCUGACGGGGACCUGCGCUAUGCCCUUGAGGGGCCCCUGGCCUUCCGCUCUCGUUUCUGCAUGGAGGGGCCAAGGCUGCAGGUUAAUACCACCCUGGAUUGUGACUCAGAAGCUGCAGACCCUGUGGGCUUCCAGCUCACAGCCACCAUUGUGGUGACAGCAGGAGGGCAACCCCUACGGAGCACCCGUGUGCCCGUGCUUGUGACAGUGACGCCUGUCAAUGAAUUCACACCGGCCUGCCCCAGGAGUGCCACCUUCACCGUGCCAGAGACAGCGACUUUCGGCAGCGCUGUGGGACGUGUGGCUGGCACUGACCGUGACUACCCACGGAACAGCCUGGAGUACAGCCUGGAGGGUGGAACCAGCCCCGCGCAGCCCUUCUCCAUCGACACACGCACUGGUGAGAUCCACGUGGUGGGACCCCUGGACGCCCAGCGGCAGAAAAGAUACAGGCUGACGGUGAGGCUGACAGACACCCACAAUGACCUGAACCCAGCAAAGCGCUGGAGCUGCCUGUGCAAUGUGACUGUGAGCCUGCAGGCUGUGCUGGACCAGGCGCCAGUGUGUACCCCUGAGGUGCAGGAGUUGCAGAUCACAAGUGGGGCGGGUGGCCGCCAGACUGUCACUCGCCUGGUGUGCCAGGGCACCAUGCUAACAUACACCAUUGCUGGAGGCAAUGAGGAAGGUCGCUUUCAGCUGGAAGGGAACACACUCCUCUACCUCCCUGAUGACCUGGCUGAGCCCCGCACUUUUGUGCUGCUGGUGGAGGUGUGGGGCCACCCUAGUGUCCCUCACCGCAGCACUGUUGUGGCAUUGGUGGUGCAUGUCACCCCGCGGAGCACCCCAGUGCCAUCCAGCACCACCACCCAGCACACGACCCUGCAGAAGGAGCCACUGGUGGUCACCAGGACAGAGGUGGCAUGGCACCCCCCAGCCUGGUUUGUGGCCGUGCUGACCAUCUCUGCUGCCCUGCUGCUGGCCAUCCUGGGCUGUGUGGCCCGAAGCCUGCUGCACAGCAACCGAGACCCUGGCAAGCUAGUCCUGGGCAAGAGCCCCUGGGAUGUGGUGGAGCAGAGGGGUGAUGAGGAGGAGCAAGGCCGUCCCCACACUGGCAGCCUGGGUCAGUUUGACGGCUGUGCCCAGGACCCCUGCACCGGCAGGGACUAUCUGUUCAACAGCGUGACCGGGGCACGGCGAUGGAUCUGAGUAGUUUCACCUUCCAAGGGACUCCCGGUGACCCUCAGUUCCCACGUGCUGCGCUGGGUAGAGCACCAGGCGCUGGCAGGUGGGAGAAGGAGGAGGGGAUCCCUUUUCUGGGUAUGAAUUCGCUGCC